CGGUCAGCCUGAUUCCAGAGCCGGGCUUCAGCUGAGACUGUCCUGAACGUGAUAAUCAGGCCACUAGCGCUCGCUUGCCACAAGCUGAUCGGUCGGCGAUCUGUCUUCAAUAUGGCCUGGCAGAGCGGCGGGCGGACCAACAACGAGCUGAUAACGAAUAUGGAACGGAAUGGCUUGAUUCACUCUGCACAGGUGGCUGAGGCCAUGCGUAAAGUCGAUAGGGCGAAUUAUGUCUUCCAUAUGCGAGACGCCUAUGAAGAUUCGCCCCAGCGGAUAGGCUACGGAGCCACCAUCUCAGCACCACAUAUGCACGCGCAUGCUGUGGAGAAUCUCUUGUCGUACUUGCCGGAAGACGGGGCAGGUUCAAUACUGGACGUUGGCAGUGGAUCAGGAUACCUCACGGCCGUCUUUCAUCGAAUCGCACCACGUGCGAGUGUUAUUGGAGUCGACCACAUUCAAGGGCUAGUCGACAUGUCCUUGGAGAAUCUGAGGAAGGAUGGCGUACCCCUUGGAUCGGGUAAUGGGAAAGUGCAGAUCAUCUGUGGAGACGGCAGGCAAGGGUCACCAGAACACGCACCGUUCGCCAUUAUACACGUGGGCGCCGCAGCACCGGAAAUCCCAGUAGCUCUGAUCGAUCAGCUUGCAAAGCCAGGCAGAAUGUUCAUACCCGUUGGCGAGCACUCUCAAGACAUUUGGCAAAUUGACAAAUCCGAGACCGGACAAGUGACGCAGACCAAGUUGUUUGGCGUGAGGUAUGUUCCCUUGACGGACGCUGCGAAGCAAUGGCCGCCAACAUGACGACCCAAUGCAUUAAAUGACAU